GGAAGCUCUGCAGUGUGUGCAGGAGCUGAACAGCACCCAGCAACUAUUCAUGUUUGUACGAAAUGGGCUGGAGUCGACUUUGGAGCGCAGCACCAUUGCCAGGGAACAUAUGGAUCUGCUGCUGCACCAGCUCAUAAAGACCAAGAUCCUCCCACAAGAACAGUACUGCAAAGGACUUCAGGAAAUCCUGGAGGUGGCUGAAGAUAUGGCCAUAGACAUCCCCCAUAUAUGGCUCUACCUGGCAGAGCUCAUCACUCCUAUGUUCCACAAGGGAGGCAUCCCCAUGGGAAACCUUUUAAGGGUGACUGACUUCAAAGCCGUUGAUCCCUCUGGGCAAAGCAGGAGUUCUUUUGGUCCACAUCCUUACUUUACUCUACAAAGAAAUGGUGAGAGUGUUGUUCUGGGCCAUCAUGGAGUAAAUCUCUGA